GCAGACUGGGCUGUUCCCCCAGUGCCUGGACCAUCAUGGAGGCUGCUGGCUGGGUGUGCCUCUAUCUGCUCUGUUUGCAAGGCAGCUUGCUCCAGCUAACACAUGGCACAGACUGCUCUGGGACAACACAGGGGGAGGACUGUGUCAGACCAACUACCCUAGGAAAGAAUGAGGUGUCGGUGCGGUUGAGACCAUCAGUUCCAAAAAAGAGCCGUGACCCAACAAAGACACAGAGAGGAAAUCCGGGGGCGUACUCCGCAAUUGGCAUGUCGACGGAUGACAAUGAGUCGUCGGACAUGCUGUUGGACAGACAGAAGAGGCAGUUAGGAAAGCACGACAGCCUUCCUGGGUCCGUCUCAGCCAAGGGCUUCCCCAACACUCUCAUCCAAGUUCAGGCAGACCGAGCCAGGAGACACUUGGGUCAGUCUGGCACCAAGAAGAAAAACAAGUGGAAAUCCAGAGUUGGCUCCUUUUCUCUGCUCAGCAACAACAACCCCAGCGCUUCUCUGCAGGUGACCAGAGUACGAAGGCAGGUGCAGAAGGACAAGAAUAGGAACUCUAGAAAACGGCCAGGAAUGUACACCCUUCUGGGAGAACCAGAAAAACAGCCACCAAUAAAACCUGCACCCUUGGGACAAAGACGCAAGCGGAGCGCACAGAAGAAGAAACAAACCAAGAGAAUGUUUUGUUCGUAAAAACAAUUAAUUAAAUGUAAAAAAGUGA